AUGACGGCUCCCUCACCCCUUCCCCUCAUCUCUUCUCAGGCCCAUAUUGCAGAGGAGGGCACUGGAAUCACUUCUCAGGACCUCCACACAUGCGUAUGCAGGAAACACUGCCAACUUGCUCUGUGUCUCGGGAGAAAACAUCGUUGCAAUCCUCUCCAGAAUCUAGACUGCCCUCUCGCCUUCGCCGUCGUGAAGGUGCUAAAGGACAAGCGAACAGAGGGUGCACACCAGGUGGAUGAGGUGGGCAAGGUCGACGAGGAUGCCCAAGACAGAGAAAAAGAACCGCGGACACUGACUGACACACCACAAAGUGGCGUGUGCCCUGUCAGAGACGCUGAAGCAGUUCUUGUCAUUUUCAAGGGCAAGUUUGCUUCCCUGGUUCUGAACGGAAUCGCUUCAGUCGAGGACACUUUAGUAUUGGAAGGCCUUCGAUGCCGACCUUUCUUUCGUCCCGGGAGAAGAGAGGACCUCUACUCCUGGGCUGCGGAGUGUCUCAAUCAACUCCGGACGGGCCAGCCAGGAGGCGAUGGAGCCUCUGAUCCGUUGCUUCGGGUCUGCACCACGCACUACCUCACUCUGGCCGAUGUCUAUGAUGAUGCCAAGAUCACAAUUCAACCCCAGUCAGCUCCUGCGCUCCCCGCCUUCAGCCUCAGUGCUCCCGAGCUUGUCACCUGCUCCGCCUUUCCCUCUUCACUGCCUCUGCCGGACUGGCUUGUCGCCCGCAACGCCCAGACGCUCCGGUCGAUCUUUGCUAGUCGCGUCCUGAAGCGGUCGGAUGAACUCAAAAGAUCUCUUCAGGGCUGUGCGUCGUCGUCUUGUGUAGACGAGAACCAGGAGGGGCCAGCGUCGACUCCCGGGUCUCCAUCCUCUCGCCGCGCUCCUCGCACGACCAGCCCUUCUCGAGACUCAAAGACCGCGGGACGCUCGUCCUCGGCUGUGCCUUCCGAGCGCGAGACCGGUGCCGGAGAAGGCGAGAGACCGCGCGAAGCACGACGAACAGCUGCUCAGGCCUCGAGCGCGCGAGCCUCAGGACGAGAGGGCGCAACAGAGAGCGACUAUGUCUACACCGAUCUCGCCAGUCUGCAAGCGAAUCGGGGGACGAAUCUGUACGGAAUCGUUUGGGAGGUUGGCAAAGCGCUGAUGCCUCAACCUGGCGGCAAAAGCCAGACGACGCCCUCUAUCUUCCUCAUGAAUGUCGCGAUCUUCGACGAGACCGUCAAGUUCGACGUCGGCAGAGACACGGCGCCCGGAGGCUCCUCAGAGGAGUUCAGUCUCGCGACGGACUCGCGCAUCUCCUUUUUUGCUCGAAUUGCCUCUCGUCUACCGACAGUGGUUCGUCCUCCCUCAAUUCCAAAUGCUCCCGCUGCGCCUUGCAUCGAUGGAGCACGUCCCGGCGUGUCUGACGUUGUCAUGGGAUCUCUUUUUUGUCUUUCUGCCUGUCCCUACGAUUCGGUUUUGUCGCGACUGAAGCUGAAGACGAAAGGCUGUCCUGCAGACAUCCCCUGCAUGUCGUGCGGCGAUAUUGUCCGGGUCCACCGAACCAAUGUGAGUCUCCCUUUUCUCGUCUUUACGACGCAGUACUACAAGCCUCUCGCUGCGCUUCAGCGGUGCAAUGGUGGGCCGAUGAUGCGAGAGGUGUACGGAGAUCUCAUUGUUCGGGUGGUGAAGAGCAGCAUGACGUCGUGUUGCCGGCUGUUGGAUCUCGGGGAGCCUGACGCGCUCAUUUCCGACUUUUCUUGGCUGCGGGGCGACUCGUCCUGUUCCGAACUUCGGCAGUUCGACUCGGAGCUCUCGGCGUAUCUUUUGUUGAUCGAAGACGGCUCUCUGCCGGGUGGCCACGUCGCCGUCGUGAAUCUUUCCUCGGCCAGCGCCGAGCAGCUGUUUGUCUCCGAGACGCCGAUUCAAGAGGGGCAGUGGCUGCGCCUCCGAAACUUCAAGUGGUCCUCGUUCCGGCUGCACGACGUACUCUUUGGGCGCAUCUAUUUCUGCGUGCAGCCGAGCCGCAGCGAUUUGGCGCGCAUCACGCGCCUCCCACACUUUGCGCGCGACGCCGUGCAUGCCCAGCACGCGCUCGACACCGCGCUCCAGACGAUCGUCGGCGAGGAAGAAGAGAACAGAGAAACCGUGUCCAGUGGGGAAAGCACAGACAUCCCACCAGGACACGGAGGAGGAGAACUCGGGGAAGAACGCCCCGCUCCAGAAUCCGAGGAAGUGGCGACUGCGCAACCGGCAGCUGUCGAGACAGUCGAGGAGAGAGUUGAGGAGCCUGGGCUAGCCGAAGCCCAGACAGAGGAGAGCCGCCUCCCUCUCGGAGCACUGCCGGCCCGCUUCGAGUUCUACGUUCCCAAAGAACUGCUCGACAGUCACCAGUCGGUCUCAGUGUACAAACACCUCGAUCCCCUUCUUGCCUUUUCGCGCCGCACAUCGGCGUCGGCUCCGCCUCGUCGCAUGCGGUCGGGUCCGUUUCUUUUGAGGGAAAUGCAUGUCCUGGGUGUGGAGCCCCGGAGAGGUGAGGGCGUCGACGUGGAUUUGCAGAAUCCCCAGGCGUGGCUCGAGAUUCAGUGCCUCCUUUGCCGCACGUCGCGGCGCCUGGAUGCUCCGGAGCUCGACGGAGACGCGAGCAGCUCCCGGCCCGCUUCCAGGAAGAAAAACCGAGGGAAGAAGGCGCUUCGAGCAGAGUGCAAAAACGGAAACGACCCGUCCGCCUUGCUCUGGUGCCCGACGUGCCGACACGGAGACGCCGCAAUGCUCGUUGUCAUGUACGACUUUCGGCUGGUCCUCGCAGACGCGCACGGGACGCACCUCGUCGUCGAACUCAAAGACGCAGUGGGGGCCCGUUUUAGCUGCGUCAGCGAGCGAGGGAUCAGUCCCUUUUUUGCGGCUACCGACAGCGGAGCGCAGGCUCUGGUUCGCUCGGUGCUGCGCGGGUUGCUCGACGGCGAAGAAGAGGGCGAGAGAGACGAAAGCCCACGAGGUGGGAGGGAGACAGAGGCAGGCCAAAGCGCCGGAAGGGACGGAGGCGCCGGAGCCGAGGAGGAAGAGACGGAAGAGGUGAACGAGGGCGCAUCGAGCAGCAGCGAGGAAGAAGGCGAGGUUCAGACGCAGAGCCUGGUGGGGCGGAAGUACAUGCGCCAGCGAAGCCUCAAAACGUUGGCACGAAGUGGACCGGCCCAAGGGAAGGCGAGGGAAGAGUCGCGGAAGGUCAGUGGAUUUCCAGAAAAAAGGAAGAAAAGAGAACUCGGCCCUGGUCGCCACGAGCUCCUUGUCGUGCGGCGGCCGAGAGACGAAGGCCGAGGAAGAGACAGGGAGGAAGACGAGAGUGCCUCGCCGGUCUGGGUGGUUCUCGGCGCCGACAUCAGGGAGACGUAG